UACCCCCAUUGGCUAAUAUCAUUUGCUUUUGCUUCAAUUCGUCCAAAUUCUCCAAAUUGUUUUACAAUUACAGUGUUUUUACAAUAAGUAUAAAUUUUAGUCAAUAAGAGAGGGUUCCUGGCACCAGAAAUUGUGGAUAAGCUGUCGGUGAGCUCAUGUAUGCGUUUCGUACCAUGAAUUAAGUAAGCAGAUACCAAUCAAAAGUUACUCCAACCAGUCGUCCACUGAUGGGACGCACCACAGGUUACUUUGAAAUGUCGAGGAUUAAAGGCAAAGUGGAGUUUUAAGUAUGCUCAUAAGGAAUCUAGUACCGAAUCCCAUUUGGAUUUUAGCUUGGCUGAUCUUGGGCCUUUAUAUUUUUAUUUUAAUUGACAAAGUAAAGCAUCUAGAAAAUUCUGAAACAUCAUUCGAAUCACAACUCAAAUAUGCUGGAAAUUUUGAAAACAAGGGCCUAAAAGUAGACGUAAGGAAUCCAGUUUUGAGCACCGAUGAUGAUGUACUAGUCAUUUACAAUCGAAUUCCAAAAACUGGCUCAACUAGUUUCAUCAAUGUUGCCUAUGAUCUAUGUUACCGAAACAAAUUCAAUGUUCUUCAUCUGAACAUAACUGGCAAUGCUCAUGUGAUGUCUCUGGCAGAUCAGGUCCGUUUUGUGAGGAACGUGACAAAGUGGAAUGCUAAAAAACCAGCUAUCUAUCAUGGACAUGUUGGUUUCAUUAAUUUCCAAAGACUGGGUACCUCUCAGAUACCAAUUUACAUAAACUUACUACGGAAACCGCUAGAUCGCUUGGUCUCAUAUUAUUAUUUCCUUCGACAUGGAGAUGAUUUUCGACCUCAUCUGAUAAGGAGGAAGCAUGGUGAUACAAUGACUUUUGACGAAUGUGUUGAAAGACAAAAACCUGACUGUGAUUUCAACAAUAUGUGGUUACAAGUACCUUUUUUGUGCGGACAAGCUGCUGAAUGCUGGGUUCCAGGGAGCAUGUGGGCAUUAGAGCAAGCCAAGCGCAAUCUUGCUGAGCACUAUUUAGUGGUUGGUGUCAUGGAGGAGUUGACUGACUUCAUUUCAAUUUUGGAAACUGCUCUUCCUAGGUUUUUCCGUGGUGCUACCUCUCAUUUUUUAUCUAGUAAAAAAGCUCAUCUCCGAAAAACUAUGAAGAAGUUAGAUCCCUCAGAGGAAACAAUCAAACGAGUGGAAAGCUCUUCAAUAUGGCAGUUAGAGAAUGAAUUAUAUCAAUUUGCCUUACAGCAGUUCCAUUUCCUGAAGAAAAGGAUGAACAUGAACAGUGAUAAUAUUUUAUCUGAUAGAGGUAAGCAAUUCAUGUUUGAAAAAAUCAAACCGAAGAGUUGAUUGUUAAAACUAAGAGUACGAAUUCGAAACUGAAAUUCAAGUCAUUGAAAAUGUUUGGCAAAUAUUUAAAUUUCCCCAAAAA